AUGGAGACAAUUGUACAUGGAUUUCUACCUGUUUUUAGAAUGAAGAAUAAACAGAACACGAUGUUAAAAAUAGCAACAGAUGAUGAUCACUCUUAUAAAUUUGAGGAGUUUUACACCUUCGUCUCGAUGCUAGCUAUAGAGGAAAAAUCAGAAUCAUAUGUAAAAACGAUAAAUAUAGGGUUUAGAAUAAUCACUUACAAUGAUCUUGAGCAUCACGAUCAGAUUAUCUUAUGUUGUCAUAAUCAUAUUUCUGAGUAA